AUGGUUAAAGGAGAGAUUCUCACCCUCGGUGCUGCCGCUGGUGCCCUUGGAGGUGCUUACAAGCUUGCCGAAUUCCUCAACAAGGCCAAACGCGUCCGCGACGUCGGUCCUUCCAAUGCAGUCUAUGUGCGCAUCAUUGGCCGCGUCCAAUCCGACCUUGAUGAAGUGAGACGUCUUCUCUCCAUCCGCGAGAUCCACGACAUCCUCGAAGCCAACCCUGAGAAGUCCAAAUGGGUCUACGGAUGCAUGCGCGAUGUGCGCGGCGCUCUCGAGAACAUCACGCCGCACACGGAGCGCGUCGCUGGCGAUAUCCAGGACGGUCGCCGUAUCGGUGUCAGGCACCGCGUCUACUGGCUGCUCAGCGAGAAGGAGAAGCUGGAGAACAGAGAGAAGGAGCUCAACAUCGCGCAAGCCAGUCUCAGUGCGGUGCUCGGCUACUUGACUGCUCUGGAGCCGUACGAGGAGCCACAUAAGCCCAAGUCCAAGAAGGAAACUCAUAUCGACAUCGACAUCCACCAGGAACCUCCCCAGCCCCAGGCCCAGCCUCAGCCUCAGCCGACGCACACGACGCACAUCGACCGCGAAGUCUGGGUCGAGCGUGACGGUGCGCCGCCUCGUCAUGUAGAGGAACACCGCGAUGUCUGGGUUGAGCGCGACCGUCAUCCUGCAGCCCACUACGAGGAGCGUCGCGACGUGUACAUCGAUGAGCGCGAGCGCGGACCCCAACACUACGACGACCGCGGUCCCGCUCCCCGUUACGACGCUCACUUUGAACACCAAGGCCGCGAUGCUCGUUACGAGACUCAGUAUGACGAGCGCUUCGAGCAGCAAGACCACUACCGCUCGCAGUACCCUAUUGAGACCCAAGGCAACUACAACCAGACCCGUCCCUUCCCUGAGCCCCUCGGCCGCCGCCCUGAAUCGUUCGAGGACCGUCUUCCCGAGCGCGACUCCUGGAUGCAGAGCAAUGCGCGCGCCAACCAACGCCCAGGUCAGUACGCCCCCCGUGGGUACGCCGAGUACGGUGCACCGCAACCCAUCGGCGCAGCCCAUUAUUCGCGUAGGUUUCAAGGAGACGCGGGCUUUGGCGACGAAGAAAUACUAAAUCCACAACCAGUGCCGUUGGACAGGCAGUACGCCGAACGUGAGAUGUGGAUCGAACAAAAGGAGGAUUACCGGUUCGAUCAUGUUCACGACAUUGAUUUGAAACUACACAACACCGUACAGACAUCCACCCCGACCAGUAUGGCACGAAGUACCUCGUGGGAGAAGAUACGAUUGUGCUUCUUCAUGUUCGUUCGUGCAAAAUCCACACGCUGGCCUAACAGCACCAGAUCCGCAACCGAUAUACUCCUUGCUCUGUCUAUACUCAUCGCUGUAGCACAGUUCGGUCUCUGCGCCGCCAUGGCACACUGGUUGCUUAGCUCACACCGCGAGGUUCAGUGCUGGAACGUGGGCAGCACGAGAGAUCUGGACUUCAACGGCUUUGGGCUAGGGUCCAGACCAUCGGACUUCGUAUUCCAGACGGAAAUCAAGAGCUUGCCGCUUACCUAUGCAAACUUGGACAAGGCCUUCAACCUGGAGAGAGCUCAAGAAAAUGGAGAAGGUCUGUCAGGGCCUGAGUAUUUGAGUGCUAGAGCCAUUGGUGGGACAUUUACAAUAAUCGCGAUCCUCGUUUUCAACCCUCUACUGCUGGUUGUUGACCUUUUACUCCUGCUUCGAAGCCACUACCGGUCCGCGCGCAUCUCCAAUCGUGCUGGCAUGCUCUGGUCUAUGGGCUUCUCGAUCUAUUUCCCCUUGGUUACUCUAGGUGCUAUUUGGCUAGAUAGCUUUCCUAGCAACAAAAUCGACGACAGCUACGAUACGUGCUGGCAAUAUGACAAGACAAUGAAUGUGUUGGAAGGGCAGAGCCGAUGGGCAAAGGGUAUCGUACGAGGAUGUGAGAUCUUGGGAAUGCUGGGAGCGUUAUGCAUGGUCGCCUACUUCGCAUUCGCUCUCGUCGCCGCGUACAUGAACCAACGAGCCGAUGCGCAACAGUCGAUUAGACUAGACGAUCUUAGCAACCCUUCAUCCACUACCCACACUGACAACCACCGUGAUCUACCAUCUGCUGGCCUCGGCACUCGGGCAGGCCCUAUUCGGAUGAACAACUUCGGCAUCACGUUCAUAGAUGCUACCCCAGGCUCAGACAGCCAGUCCAGAACUGAAAGGUGGCGGCAGAGGCCGUGUGAGGAUCAAGAAGUUCUGACAAAUCCCUUCGCAGAUCCUGAAGACCCGUAUAGAGGCGGGGUGGGGAGCCAGAUGUCAGACAGUGGAGAUAAACAACCCUGA